CGCGCUUACUUAUCAUACUUCUAUCUCCACUGCACUACUUUCGAAUACGAACUAUACAGCGUUUGUAGAAUGUCGUCUCGAUCUAAUACACGCCGGCGGCAAACUAUGACCCUGCUUAUUGUAAACUGCGCCUUCGCCGAAGAUUGCCGGUGCUCCAAGAUGGGAUACGUGAAGAGAGGUUUUAUGGAAAAUCACCUCGAACGGGACCAUCCUAGCGCGCUCGGCUUAACGGUAUCGGCGCCCUACUGUCCUGCUUGCGAUGCACGUUUUGCUAGUAAAAGACUGCUGAUCGACCAUAUCAUGGAUACUCAUGUGCUCGCACGUAUGUUAUCCUUUUCAACACGUGCCACCAGUGCUCACGUUCGAUCAGUUGCUCCUUCACCGGCGCGUGAUGCGGCAAUUGAACAGGGCGGGUGUGCCGAGAUCGUCAACAAACAACGGAUUACGGGCGACGAUAUGUUUGCAAUGAACACCUCAGAUUUCCCGACUUCGCCAAUCCCAUACUUAAAUGUACCAACAAACUUCUCUUACCAACAACCGGCUGAUACGACUGCGUAUACGCAUCCAACAACACAACGAUUCCUCCCCCCGACGCCGAUGGCCAUUGAUCUUCAAGCAAACAUCCAGGGCAAUGCCGAUCAGCGCCACGACAGUGACCAACCCGGAGAACCAGAGCACAGUUAGUGGAGACAGCUUUACAGCCAUGACGAUAUACUCGGACGCCGAUUUCAUCUAAUACGGCGUCUUGGCAAGUCGCGAUCCCUCGAAGGAUAUGGCUUUGAUGGUCAUGUCAUAUCGAACUGUACAAAGGAAUUUGAACGGGCACGACUCGUAAACUUCUGGAACGAAAUGCCUUUAGGCUUGUCUUUUACUUCCAUUUCCCACUUCUCACUCUUCUGAUCCUCUUGUGCCUUACUUUCACUGUUCUGCCCCUUGUAUCCUCU